AUGUUUUAGAUCAAUUCUUUAUUUUAAACAAACUUUCGGAUCUCGAACUCUUUCGUUUUCCGCCCAAUUGAACCCUGAAGACAUUUCUGUCGCUCAUUAUUCUCAGCCCUAUACACAACAUGUUCUCCAGAUCAGCAAUUCGCGCGGCCCAGCCGCUAAAGCGAAAUCUCCUAUCGCGCUCCUAUGCUACCGAACCUCCAAAAGGCGGCUCUUCUAACACCCUCCUCUAUGGACUAGGCGCUGUCGGCGUUGCGGGCGCUGGUUACUACUUUCUUGCGGGGUCACCCAAAGUAGAUUCGGCUGCGGCCAAGGCCAAGGAAGCUGUGAGCGGACCGGCAAAGAAGGCAUUCACCGGCGGCGAUCAGGGCUUCAUUUCCCUGCUACUAAAAGAUGUCGAGAUCAUCAAUCACAAUACUAAGAAGUUUAUUUUCAAAUUGCCAGAGGAUGACCAGGUUUCGGGCAUGCCUGUAACCAGCGCACUCUUAACAAAAUAUCAAGCUGAGGGGCAGAAGCCGGUUGUACGGCCAUACACUCCUACGAGCGAUGAGGACGUCAAGGGCCAAAUCGAGCUCAUCGUUAAAAAGUACCCUAACGGACCUAUGUCCACACACAUACACGAUAUGGUACCAGGCCAGCGCCUCGACUUUAAGGGACCGCUGCCCAAGUACCCGUGGACGCCCAACAAGCACGAUCAUAUCGCGCUAGUCGCCGGCGGCACGGGCAUCACGCCCAUGUACCAGCUCGCGCAUGCCAUCUUCAAGAACCCGGAGGACAAGACUAAGGUCACGCUCAUCUUCGGCAAUGUCUCCGAAGAGGAUAUCUUGCUGAAGAAGGAGUUCGAGCACCUGGAGAACACGUACCCCCAGCGCUUCCGCGCCUUUUACGUGCUCGACAACCCGCCAAAGGAGUGGGCUGGUGCUAAGGGAUAUAUCACCAAGGACCUGCUGAAGACUGUUCUGCCUGAACCUAAGAGCGAGAACAUCAAGGUCUUCGUCUGCGGUCCCCCGGGUCUGUACAAGGCUAUUUCUGGCAAUAAGGUCAGCCCAGCGGACCAGGGCGAGCUGUCGGGUAUUCUGAAGGAGUUGGGCUACUCGAAAGAUCAGGUUUUCAAGUUUUAAGCAUUUAGCGAGAGAGGAUGCGGUUAUAGACUACCUGAUGUUGAUAUUGGCGCGAAAGUAGAAGCGAAGGCGUCGGCUUUGUUCUUGCUACUGCGAGUUGGACUGGUAGACAGAAUCUUCUGCGGAAGAGAUGGACGAGGCCUAUUUGCGAGAGACGCAAUUACCUAGAUAGUCCACCGGAUUGUACUCUAGUCAAUGUGAUACUGGAUUGAUCACGGGAAUAAGUUCAUGACGUUUGUUCCUGCACAGCUUAUGAUCUAGAUUGCUGUGGCCAUGAAAUUCGCUAACUAAAGCUUAAGGC